AUGUCUGAUCAAGUCGAAUUCUAUGGAUUUACGCCGGUCCCCCGCGAUCCUGAUGUCUUGUUUCGUGACCAUCCCACAGCAAACGCACCUGCUACAGUCAUACAGACGGUGGAAGAUUUUCCGUUCCCGGAAUCACCGCUCGUACGAGAGGCUGAGACAUUUGUUACGAGGGAGCUGGACCAACUAACCAUCAAUCAUUCUAAGAGGGUUUAUAUUUACGGCAUGGCAAUAGUGAAGCUGCACUUCCCAUCAUGGUCGUUCGAUCCCGAAACUUACUAUCUCGCUUGCUUGUUGCACGAUAUCGGUACUGCGGAGCGAUUCCUUUUGAAGACCAAGCUAUCAUUUGAGUUCAAGGGCGCAAUCGUGGCUCGAGACCUACUUCUCCAAUUAGGCAGUGUAGAGGAUCAAGCAGACAGCGUCUGUGAUGCCAUUGUUCGACACCAGGAUAUUUUUGUGAAAGGCGGAAAUAUUACUGUGAUCGGCCAAGUCCUGCAGUUGGCCACGAUAUUGGGUGCUCGCGCCAAUCUCAUUCAUCCCAAGUUGAUGGAGACAGCACUCGCAAAGUUCUCCGGGAAAGGUUGGAUGGAGAAAUUCGCAACCGUAGUUGAAACAGAGCUGCGAGAGAAGCCUUGGUGCCACACUAGCAGCUUCGAGCAUCCAAAUUGGCGUAAGGGCGAUGCUAGUCAGUUCGCCACCGAUGUCCGAAAGAACGACUUGCUCCACAAACUCGCAGAGUGA